CCUUCCAAAAUUCAGUACUUUCCUUGCUGGUUUCCGAAAUUCAGGAUUUUAAAAAGCUAUAUUUGAUAUUGUGCAGAAAAUCAUGCACAACCAAGUUUUGAGCGAGUUAACGCCGGUGAAAUUUCCGGUGGAAUAUCAGCCGGGGUAUUGCCGGAGCUCGAGCUUCAGUAAUCUCAUGCUGUGUUUAAUGGAAACAUGGGGUGACUUGCCAUUAAAGGUUGAUGACUCUGAAGACAUGGUUAUUUAUGGGCUGUUGAAUGACGCCGUCAACGAAGGAUGGACGCCAUUUAACGAUGUUAAGUCAGAGCCGAGGUUUGAGGUCGAGGAGGAGAUGAGCAUAGCUGAAGCGAGAACGGCAAAGGUGGAGCCAGCAGUGGCACGGCCAAAAGGGAAGCAUUAUAGGGGUGUGAGGCAACGGCCGUGGGGGAAGUUUGCAGCGGAGAUAAGGGACCCGGCUAAAAACGGCGCGAGAGUGUGGCUUGGGACAUAUGAGAAAGCUGAGGAAGCGGCUUUGGCUUAUGAUAGAGCGGCUUAUAGGAUGCGUGGCUCGAAGGCGUUGUUGAAUUUUCCACACAAAGCCGGCUCAUAUGAGCCUGAACUGGUUAAAGUGACGGCCAAGCGGCGGUCACCUGAGCCCGCUUUUUCUUCAAUAUCAUGGGCCUCGGAAAGUGGCUCACCCAAGCGGAGGAAGAAAGGAGUGCCAGCUGAGCUAGCCGAAUCAGAAGUCCAGAGCAGAACCAAUUUGUAAUUGAACGUGGCAGAGAACUAUUGGUUAUCGUAUAAUUAAGAUAUGGCUUGUUUGGUUAUGUGAUGUGCUUAGUAAGCUGGAAAUUUGAGCAAUUUGUUUGUUGGCUAAUACAAAUGGUUCAAAAGUUAUUAUU